AUGGAGUUAAACUUUUCUCCAUUUAUGCUACAGGGAACCAAAUGCCAGUUUGAACAUGAGCAAUUAUCUAUCAUCUCUGAUGCUGGGUACUAUAGUGCCUGUGACAGCCUUUCUCCAAGUUCCUCCAUUGACUCCGGAUGCUUUUCUCCUCCUGUGGGCUGGUGGGGAGCUGGAAGACAGCCAGAUGCCAUUGAAAAAACUGAUAUCAACAGCCAACCUGCUAAGAAAUCCAAAAUAGAUCUACCUACUGAAGGAAAGAGGCGUUCUAGAUCCAAAAACCCUGGAACGAAGCGCCAUACAGCAAGUGAAAGAGAGAAGCUCAGGAUGAGGGACCUGACCAAAGCUCUCAAUCAUCUCCAAACCUACUUACCUCCAUCUGUGGCACCUCCAGGACAAACCCUAACCAAGAUCGAAACCCUUCGCCUCACUAUUAGCUACAUCUCCCACCUGUCAGCUCAGCUCAAGCACAAUGAGGAGACCUCCACUACAAGAUGCUAUAACUCACAAGAUCCAUCAGAGAGGCUUCAGAGUGGGCCUUUUCCAGGAACCUGGUGUCUAGAUGGGCCACAAGGACACUUGCAAGACAGUGCCCAGUACUGUCCAACAUUCACUGCCUUCACAGAUUCAACACAACAGAUGGAAACAAACAUUCCCUCUUCCUCAUACUCCAAAGUUGCACAAUCUUGUAUGUUUCCCUGCAUGAUGACAAAUGAUGCCACACACUAA